AUGAAUUAUGAAACGUUGUGCCUUGCUUUGCAUCCUGAACGAGUGUUGGUAGCUACAGGACAAGUGGGGAAGGAGCCAUUUAUCUGUGUCUGGGAUUCAUACACAGUGCAGACAGUAUCUAUCCUGAAGGAUGUACACACUCAUGGGAUUGCAUGUUUGGCCUUUGAUGUUGAUGGACAGCGCUUGGUUUCUGUUGGUCUGGAUUCUAAAAACAUGAUAUGUGUGUGGGACUGGAGGAAAGGAAGAAUUAUGUCAACAGCUCCUGGCCACACUGACCGGAUCUUUGAUGUCUCAUGGGAUUUGUAUCAACCUAACAAGCUGGUUAGCUGUGGCAUAAAACACAUUAAGUUUUGGAAUUUAUGUGGAAAUGCCUUAACACCAAAACGAGGCGUGUUUGGUAAGACUGGUGAUCUUCAGACAAUCUUGUGCUUGGCGUGUGCAAGGGAUGAAAUCACGUAUUCUGGUGCUCUUAAUGGCGACAUAUAUGUAUGGAAAGGGAUAAAUCUGGUGAGAACAGUGCAAGGAGCACAUGCAUCCGGAAUUUUCAGUAUGAAUGCAUGUGAAGAAGGCUUUGCUACUGGUGGCAGGGAUGGCUGUGUUCGACUCUGGGAUUUAAAUUUUAAACCAAUUACUGUGAUUGAUCUCAGGGAAACAGACCAAGGGUACAAAGGUUUGUCUGUAAGAAGUGUAUGUUGGAGAGGGGACCAUAUACUGGUUGGUACACAGGAUAGUGAAAUCUUUGAGAUUGUGGUCCAUGAACGGAAUAAGCCUUUUCUCAUUAUGCAAGGACACUGUGAAGGAGAGCUGUGGGCAUUAGCAGUACAUCCAACAAAGCCUUUGGCUAUAACUGGAAGUGAUGACCGGUCUGUCAGGAUAUGGAGUCUGAUCGACCAUGCAUUGAUUGCCCGUUGCAACAUGGAAGAGCCAAUACGUUCUGCAGCUGUCAGCAUGGAUGGUAUUCAUCUGGCUCUUGGAAUGAAGGAUGGUUCAUUUACAAUCCUCCGGGUCAGAGACAUGACUGAGGUUGUUCACAUAAAGGACAGGAAGGAAGCAAUUCAUGAACUAAAGUACUCACCUGAUGGGACAUUCUUGGCUGUGAGCUCCAAUGAAAAUUCUGUUGAUAUAUAUGGAGUUGUUCAGCGCUACAAGAAGGUUGGGGAGUGUAUUGGAGCAAUGAGUUUUAUCACACACUUGGACUGGUCUGUAGAUGCCAAAUAUUUGCAGACCAAUGAUGGGUCUGGCAAGAGGCUUUUUUUCAAGAUGCCUGGUGGGAAGGAAGUGACAAAUAAGGAAGAACUAAAAGGUGUUCAGUGGGCAUCCUGGUCGUGUGUUCUUGGAGCAGAAGUAAAUGGAAUCUGGCCUAAAUACUCAGAUGUCAACAACAUUAACUCUUUGGAUGCCAACUUCGUAAACCAUGUGUUAGUGACAGCUGAUGAUUAUGGUGUAGUUAAACUUUUUCGAUUUCCAUGUUUUAAAAAAGGUGCAAAAUGUAAAAAAUAUCUUGGGCAUUCAGCACAUGUGACCAGUGUCAGAUGGUCACAUGAUCACCAGUGGGUGAUUUCCAUUGGCGGGGCUGAUCAUUCUGUCUUCCAGUGGAAAUUUGUUCCUGAGAGGAAACUUAAAGAUGCCUUUCAUAUAGCUGUUCAAGAAACAUUAGCAGAUUCCAAUAGUGAAGAAUCAGAUUCAGACCAAUCUGAUGUUCCAGAGCUGGACUCUGAAAUAGAGCAAGAAACUCAAAUCACAUAUCGUCGACAGGUUUACAAAGAAGAUCUACCUCAACUUAAAGAGCAAUGCAAAGAGAAAUGGAGACAGGCUGCCACAAAGCGACGAGAGCAUCCUCCAAGCUGUAGCUUAAGAUUGCACUUUAUCCAUGGGUAUAGGGGUUAUGACUGCCGAAGCAAUCUAUUCUACACUCAAACUGGGGAAAUUGUGUAUCAUGUUGCAGCAGUUGGAGUGGUGUACAACCGCCAGCAGAAUACACAACGCUUCUAUCUGGGUCAUGAUGAUGACAUUCUUUGCCUUGCUCUUCAUCCUUUGAAGGAUUAUGUGGCUACAGGCCAGGUCGGCAGGGAAGCUACAAUUCACAUCUGGGAUAUAGAGACAAUGAAACCACUGUCUGUAUUAAAGGGCUAUAACCAAUAUGGUGUGUGUGCUGUAGAUUACUCAGCGGAUGGCAAGCAAUUAGCAUCAGUCGGAAUGGAUGACAAUCAUACUGUCAUAGUCUGGGACUGGAAGAAAGGAGAGAAGCUGUCUGCAGUGAGAGGAAGCAAAGACAAGAUCUUUGUUGUCAAGAUUAACCCCUUCAUGCCUGACAAGCUUAUUACAGCAGGAAUCAAGCACUUUAAAUUCUGGCACAGGGCAGGAGGAGGGCUGAUUGGAAAGAGAGGCUGUACUGGUACAGUUAACAAGAUGGAGACCAUGAUGUGUGCUGUGUAUGGCUGGACAGAGGAAAUGGUGUUUUCCGGGACCUGCACUGGGGAUAUCUGUAUCUGGAAAAGUAUGCUGCUUGUGAAGACUGUCAAGGCUCAUGAUGGUCCAGUCUUCAGUGUUCAUGCCUUAGAAAAGGGAUUUGUGACAGGAGGGAAAGAUGGUAUGGUGGCUUUGUGGGAUGACAGCUAUGAACGGUGCCUUAAAACCUAUGCCAUCAAACGGGCAGCUUUGGCCCCUGGCUCCAAAGGUCUGUUGCUGGAAGACAAUCCUUCUAUCCGUGCCAUAUCGCUAGGACAUGGUCAUAUCCUAGCAGGGACCAAGAAUGGAGAGAUACUGGAGCUAAAUAAAAGUGGCCCAAUCACUUUGCUGGUUCAGGGUCAUAUGGAAGGAGAGGUUUGGGGUCUAUCUACACACCCUCAUCUACCUAUCUGUGCCACUGUGAGUGAUGACCGCACCAUAAGAAUAUGGGAUUUGUCCCCCAGCCACUGUAUGUUGGCUGUCCGGAGACUGAAGAAAGGUGGCAGAUGCUGCUGUUUUUCACCUGAUGGGAAGGCACUGGCUGUGGGUCUGAAUGAUGGAAGCUUUUUGAUUGUUAAUGCUGAUACCCUGGAAGAUCUUGUCUCCUUCCAUCACCGAAAAGAUGCCAUUUCAGAUAUCAGGUUCUCUCCAGGUGCAGGGAAAUACCUGGCUGUGGCCUCGAGUGAUAACUUUGUGGAUAUCUACAAUGUGAUAAGCAGUAAGAGAGUGGGGAUCUGUAAAGGAGCAUCCAGCUACAUCACUCAUCUUGACUGGGAUCGUACAGGCAAACUUUUACAAGUUAACACUGGUGCCAAGGAGCAGCUGUUCUUUGAAGCUCCACGUGGAAAAAGGCAGAACAUACCCAGUUCAGAGGUGGAGAAGAUUGAGUGGGCAUCAUGGACAUGUGUUCGGGGUUCUUCUUGUGAGGGAAUAUGGCCAAUCAUAGGAGAGAUUACAGAGGUAACUUCAUCCUGCCUCACUGGCGAUGGAAAGGUCCUAGCUACAGGAGAUGACUUUGGAUUUGUAAAGCUUUUCCGGUACCCAGUUAAGAGCAAGUUUGGGAGGUUUAAGAAGUAUGUGGCUCAUAGCACUCAUGUAACCAAUGUGCGAUGGACGUUUGAUGACAGCUUCCUAGUGACAGUUGGAGGUACAGACACUACUCUAAUGAUUUGGACCCAUGAAAUGGAAGGACAUCGUGAUAGUCGACAGUGUGACAGUGAAGAGUCUGACAUAGAGUCUGAUGAGGAUGGAGGUUAUGACAGUGAUGUUAUGCGAGAGAAUGAGAUGAAUUAUACCAUCAAAGCCUUAUCAACAACUAUUCGGCAAAUGUCUGGGAUUAAGCCACACCAGCAACAGAAAGAACCUUCACUGGAUGAGAGGCAGGGACUAGUCAGGGGCUCCAGACCACCUGUUAGUAGGGCGUUGCCACAGCCAGAGAAACUUCAAACAAAUAACAUUGGCAAGAAGAAGAGACCAAUUGAGGAUCUGGUCCUGGAAUUGGUGUUUGGAUAUCGAGGGAGAGACUGCCGGAACAAUAUUCACUACUUGAAUGAUGGUGCAGAUAUUGUGUAUCACACUGCUUCUAUAGGGAUUCUCUAUAAUAUUGCCACAGGUUGUCAGAGUUUCUACCAGGAACAUACAGAUGACAUCUUGUGUCUGACUAUAAACCAGCACCCAAAGUUUCAUAACUUGGUGGCGACAGGCCAAGUAGGAGAUUCUACAGACAUGUCAGCCACAUCUCCAUCAAUCCACAUUUGGGAUGCAAUGAACAAACAGACCCACUCCAUUCUACGCUGCUGCCAUUCAAAGGGGGUUUGUUCUGUCAGCUUCAGUGCCACUGGCAAACUGCUGCUAUCUGUGGGAUUGGAUCCAGAGCACACAGUCACCAUCUGGAAGUGGCAGGAAGGUGCCAAAAUAGCAUCACGGGCUGGGCAUAGCCAGAGAAUAUUUGUUGCGGAGUUCAGACCAGAUUCAGAUACACAGUUUGUUUCAGUUGGAGUGAAACAUGUGCGAUUCUGGACGCUUGCAGGAAGGGCUCUGCUAAGGAAGAAAGGUGUCUUGAGUUCUCUUGAGGAUGCCCGAAUGCAGACCAUGCUGGCUGUGGCUUUUGGUGCUAAUAACUUGACCUUUACGGGUACCAUAAGUGGAGAUGUAUGUGUCUGGAAGGACCAUUUGCUGGUGCGAGUUGUUGCCAAAGCUCACAAUGGGCCUGUUUUCACCAUGUAUACAACACUAAGGGAUGGACUGAUUGUCACAGGAGGCAAAGAGAGGCCGUCGAAAGAAGGUGGUGCUGUCAAAUUGUGGGACCAGGAACUGAAGAGGUGCCGUGCUUUCAGGCUUGAGACUGGUCAGAUGACAGACUGUGUGCGCUGUGUGUGUCGAGCAAAGGGUAAGAUUCUUGUUGGAACAAGGAAUGCUGAGAUUAUAGAAGUGGGGGAGAAGAAUGCAGUGUGCAACAUCCUGAUGAAUGGUCAUACAGACGGCCCCAUUUGGGGACUGGCGACUCAUCCCUCAAGGGAUAUCUUCUUAUCUGCUGCUGAAGAUGGGACAGUGAGGCUAUGGGACAUCCCGGAAAAGAAGAUGCUGAAUAAGGUAACGCUGGGCCAUGGAGCACGUACUGUGUGCUACAGUCCUGAUGGAGACAUGGUUGCCAUUGGUAUGAAGAAUGGUGAAUUUGUGAUUCUUCAAGUAGCUUCACUGAAAAUAUGGGGAAAGAAGAGAGACAGGAAAUCCCCAAUUCAAGAUAUCAGGUUUAGCCCAAACUCUCAGUAUCUAGCUGUGGGCUCCAGUGAGAAUGCUGUGGACUUCUAUGAUCUCACACUGGGCCCAACACUGAAUCGAGUCAGCUGCUGCAAAGACAUUCCCAGCUUUGUUAUUCAGAUGGACUUUUCUGCAGACAGCUCUUAUAUUCAGGUGUCCACAGGUUUAUACAAAAGACAUGUAUAUGAGGUGCCUUUAGGAAAACAAAUUUUGGAUCAAACAGUAAUUGACCGAAUAACAUGGGCCACCUGGACCAGUAUUCUAGGUGAUGAAGUAGUAGGAAUCUGGUCUCGGCACAAUGAGAAGGCAGAUAUAAACUGUGCCAGUGUCUCCCACUCAGGAAUCAAUAUUAUCACAGGGGAUGACUUCGGGAUGGUGAAGCUUUUCGAUUUCCCUUGCCCUGAAAAAUUUGCAAAACACAAGAGGUUUUUGGGGCAUUCAGCCCAUGUGACCAACAUCCGGUUUACCAGUGGAGACCGGUAUGUGGUGAGUGCUGGAGGGGAUGACUGCAGGUAA